AUGUCCACUGUGGCUACGUAUAGAGACUUCCAGCUGGUGAGAGGGCGGCUGCAGGUCACUGAGACGGAUUGGGUCAAAAUUCAAAAAAGAAAAAGCCAAGAGAAGAUUAAAUGUGCUACCAUUGUUUUGGUUCUCCGGGAUAGGACGCAGAGACAGAAAGACAUCACGAUCCAAGACAAUGUUACUCGCUGUGGUAGCGGCGCCUUCAAAGAUGUGUUCAUGCUUGACAACUACAAUUUUGUAGUCAAGAUGAAUACAGAUGCCAGAACCAAGCGUGAGUGGGGAGAAGAGCAGCAUAGAUUUGACAAGUACAAAGACAAAGUGGAGAAUGAAAUGAUGUAUUGUUUCGGGCAAAUCUUCUUGGAGAAGACCAGUAUGAUACAUGGUGAUUUUUUCACAGGAGAUUCUUCACUGCGAGACGGUGACGCAUCUAUCCUGCUUGCAGAGAAGUUGAUCUUCACCGGCAAAUCGAAAUUGACAUCAUUCUUCACGACAAUGCAAUGCACGCCUCAGGCAUGGGAAUCCUAUGUUCAGAUGCAGGUCGAGAUUUUGCGUCUGCUGUUCCGGUUCGUGCAUCAGGAAGUGAUACCUUGGGAUGCCAAGAUUGAUAAUGUCGGCCUGGCAGAAGGAAGGGAGCCACAUUCAGCUCCAGUCUGGGUAUUUUGCGAUCUGGAUGGACUGCGAGACAAAACAGAGCAUGUAAACAUUGGAGGUGCUUUCAAAAAGAUUGUGCAGACGAUGGUCAACCAAGAUCACAACCUGAUGCAGCCCCACCAAAGGGAUGCGAUCGCCCAUGGCUGGCAAGCUCCGUAUGAAAAAGUGCAAACUUUGAUACGCGGAGCUUUGGUGACUGACACAAUGGGCCAAGAACGCUGGACGUUUCCAUCGGCAAGUCCAUCUUAUUUGCAAGAGCUGGAAAGGGAGAUUCGUCAAGUGAAGCCUGAGACGGGAGACAAGGAGGCGAACUUUCCGUAUCCUUUCACCCAAAAUUUGUUGCCAAGGACAUCUGCAGCCGAAGUGCGUGGUGCAGCAGCUGUCAAUGCGCCAUCCACAGAUGCAAGCAUGAAAUCAAGAAGUGGGGCAGAUGAUCCACCACCACCUCGGGAAAUCAAUCAAUGGGGCACGACAAUUUGUCCAGAGCUCUUAGAAGUGUCCAGUUUAUUGGUAUGCAGACUGACACGAACUGAUCUCGCUUCUGAGGUGGAAGUGUUGGUGAAAUGCAGUCCCAAAGAGGAUGCUUCUGAUCAAUGGCAUUUGUUUAUCUUGGCUGCACCAAAGAAGUUGUUGAUGUUGCGUGGAGAAGAAACUAUUGGCAUCUGCAAAAGACAUGGUGCAAACUUGGCGGCAGCAUCGCAGAAUGCUUCGUCUGAAGUGUUUGAGAUUACAAGCUGUCUGCAUCCAAGUGGACACAUUGCCACAAUUUUUUGGGACAGAAUUGCCCAAGACUCCUGGGGUGAAGUGUGUCGUGAAGCUGUAGGAGCUAUCUUGUCUGGUUUGAAUUUGGGUCAGUGGCAAGACUCCAUGAUGAAGCAGAGUCUCGACGAUUUGACGUCGCAGUUUCGGGUGGUGCAGGGACAGCGUGGUUUUUUUUCGCGACCACAAAGGCCAGAUCGUCCUCAGGCGGUGACCUACGAGCAGCGUGAAAGCUCGCAGCAAAUGAUGCCAUAUGAAAAAACAAGAGCCAAGAAAUCAAGAAGAGCACAUCGAAGCGCGCAAAUUCCUGACGUCAAUCGGGAGCCUCAUGUGUUUCGAGUGGUGCAAGAUUUGCUGCGACUGGUGCACAACAUGCUGCCUCUUCAACGCAUCGGUCAGCUAGACAGGCAGCGUGCUGAGCACAAGUGUUGGGAGCGCUCAAAGGAAGCGGCCUUUAACUUCGCUAAUUCAGAUCGUGUGCUUGGACUGUUUCGCCACGUUGACGCUGGAUGGUUUCACCAAGGUGAUGAAGAUGGUGACCAUUGCAAAUAUGGUUUGCAAGCAGACAAGAUCCUAGAUGCCAUUGAAGCAUUGAAGAAGUGGUUGCGUCCCAGAGCUGGAAAGAAUGAAACGGAGGAUGCAGAGAUCGAGAAGAUGUCUUGGCGUACCACAUUGUGUUUUUAUGAAUUUGAGAUGUCUGACACAGAAAUUGACCAUCUGGCAGCGACGGCUAUCGCAAUUCUGCAUGUGCGAUGGCAGUGGAUUUCAUCGUGGCUUACCACAGAGAGGCUAAAAAUGUCUUCCGCAAGUUCAGCAGCGGCGUAA